AUGGAGAGAUUGAAGGGCAACAAAGGCUUAUCAAUUUGCCCAACAACAAAUUUUGACUCAAGCCAUUCCAAGAGUAGGAAAGUGGUGAUCUAUGUUGUAUCCUUCAGUUUGAGAGCUGUGAUGCUAGCAACAUUUUUUGCUGGGAUUUCAUAUAUUAUUUUCCAUCACAAAGCAAGGAAAACAGAAAGUCACAAAAGAGAAGUGCAAACUCAAAAUUUGUUUGCUAUAUGGAGUUAUGAUGAUGGGAAAUUAGUAUAUGGAAACAUUAUUGAAGCCACAAAGGAGUUCAUCAAAAAAUAUCUCAUUAGGGAGAGAGGAUCUGGAAGUGUCUAUAAAGCAGAAUUAUCCACAGGUCAAGUUGUGGCUGUGAAGAAGCCUCAUUUAGGACUAGACAGGGAUAUGUGUUAUCACAAAGCUUUUAUGAGUGAGAUUAGAGCGUUGAUAGAAACUAGGCAUCAUAAUAUCAUCAAGCUAUAUUGGUUUUGUUGGCAUGCAAAGGUCUCCUUUUUGGUUUAUGAAUUCUUAGAAGGAGGCAAUUUGGACAAGAUACUAAGAGAAGAGACACAAGCAAUUGCAUUGGAUUGGACUAAAACAAUCAAAGUUGUUGAAGGGGUGGCUAAUGCUUCAUACUAUCUUCAUCAUGGAUGCUCACCUCUAAUAGUUCAUCGUGACCUAUGA